AGUGAGACGGCAGUCGUCUAGCGGUCAAGGCUCUGCCAGGCCGGGAUUCAAAAAAAGUAAAUUAUAAAAAGCGCGCGUAACUGUCAAUGUCAAUUGAUAGAUUAAAAAGUAUUUCGUUUUUAUUUUUUUUCUUAUUCCAUUCAGAUAACGAUAAUUUUCUUUAGACAAUAACUGUGUGCGGAAUAAUGCUUUGGUGAUUGUGAACGGAUUCGUUAAACAGAUAAAAAUGCAAAGAUAAUUGCCAAACAGCCAACAUGGGUCCUCCCCUCAACACCUGGCCCUACAGCCACCAUCGAGAACUUAAAAGCGCUAGUGAUAAAAGUAGUUUAGUUAAUAUUGUAGACAAUUUACGUAAUUUAAGUAUAAAUUUUACUUUUAUAUUUAUAUUUAUACAAGUGUUUAUAAAUCUGAGUGCGGUUAGCGCGGGACCCGUGAUACUCAGCUUGGACCAUUUGCGCGGCUCGGUGCCAAUAGCUAGAAACAUAAGGCAUUUACCAUGCAUAUCAAGGAAAACUGCUCAAGAGGGACUCUGCAUGUUCGCGAUAGACUGUCUUAAAGCAAACGGAACUCAUUUGGGAACAUGUAUAGAUAGGUUUUACUUCGGUUCCUGCUGCCAGCUGACAGAUAAAUCUGCUAUACCAAAUAUAGCUGCCAACAAUAUUGAGGAUAACGCCAUAGACGGCGCUAAUUUCGUACAUCCGCUCAUAGACCACAAAAUCCAUAGUCAAACAAGUAAAAAACCCGAUAAAAUAAACGCGAACACAGAUAGAGAGAAUGAAAGACCAAUACAAGAAGAUAUCGCUACUAAGAAACCGUCAACAGUUCAGGAUGUGACUAGCUCUGACAAAAUGGAAUCGAAGUCUGAUGAAACGGUAUCUAUUAACCAUAUAACAAGUGAUAUUAGGACCACAGAAGCUGUCACAGCUGUCAAAGAAGCUACUACACAAUCUAUGAAAGUAUCCGUCAAUGAAGUGACCGAGAUUCCUGUUAAACUGUCAACAUUCCAAACAGUAUCCGCUGCUGGUGACACAGCAACUGCAGCUCCGGAAGCCAAACCCACAAAACCACAAACACCAGAAGUACCAGUCAAACCAACAAGGAAACCGGUGAAACCAACGUAUAAACCUAGACCAUAUAGACCCACGAAUUUCACGAGACCUCCAAUAAGUCCUAAACCGAAACCGACGAAGCCUGUCGCAUUAUUCAAUACAACAAGGAAGCCGCCUUACCGACCGCCCCCGAAACGUAACUCAACCAAAAAACCCCUGCCAUCUCCACCGAGACUUAAUAUAACAAUCAUACCUCAAUCCACGAGUUCACGACCGACAUUUACAAGACCUUCCUCUAGUGUCAUUACAUAUAUCAACUCAACAUCGCCCAAAGUUGAAGAGCCUGCAGAAACAACCAUAAAAACAACUCUAUCAACAGAUACAACAACAUUAAAGACCACAACUACGACAACACCUCCUCCACCACCACCAACAACGACAAUUGCAUCUACUACCACAUCUACAACUACAACUACAACAACUACUACUACUACCACCACAACCCCCCCACCAUCCACAACAACUACACCAAUACCAACAACAAUGAUCAUAACAACAACAGAAUCAAUCCCAACUGCAACAGAACGCGCCACUAUAACAACAGAAAAUAUCGUAACCGAAACUUUACCUAUAGAACCAUCAACGGAGAAAGCAACAGAGAUACCAACAGAAAAAAAUACCGAGCGAAUUACUACAGAACUCGUACCAGAACCAACAGAAGAGAAGGAGAAAGAAACUGUCACUGAAAACGUCACGACAGUUGUCACUGAAAAGGUGACAUUACAGGAUGUCAUUGAAAAAGAUACCGUAAAACCAGCUACUGAAGUUGAUAAUCCUGUGACAACGAAGCCUACCACUGACUACCCUCCCUUUGUAACUUGGACCAACGAGGCAAGUUCAAAAGCACCGGCUACUGUCAGCGACGACUGGUCACCAAUCACACCUCCUGACGGCUGGGUCUUAAUAUCUACCAUGUCUCCCAAACCGGAAACAACAGUGAAACCACAAACAACAGAAACUGAAACAACACAAAAACCAACUUCGGUUCUAACUGAAGCGACUUCAAUUUUAACAUCAACUUCAACCACGGCCUCGCCAACUUCAGGAAUUGAGUUUGUUGUGAAUGUGACAUUGUCCCCUACAACCCCCACUCCCACCUCAAGUAUGGCGCCAACAACAAAUGUCACCUCGGACGAAACACAAACAACAACAACAACAACACUAGCGGCUCUGACUACUAUCGCGAACGUGACAACCACAGAGGCGACAACCACUAUUACAACGACCACAGAAUCUUACAAUAUGUCGAAUUACAAAGAAGUAUGCGGUAGGCGCAUGUGGCCUCAGGCGAGGAUCGUUGGUGGGGCGAAGUCCGGCUUCGGGCAGUGGCCCUGGCAGAUAUCGCUCCGACAGUACAGGACUUCGACCUACCUUCAUAAGUGUGGGGCCGCUUUAUUGAACGAGAACUGGGCGAUCACUGCCGCUCAUUGUGUUGACAGGGUUCCUCCAUCGGAGUUGUUGGUGCGUCUCGGUGAAUAUGAUCUCGCGAACGAGGACGAGCCCUACGGCUUCGCUGAGAGACGAGUGCAGAUAGUAGCCAGCCAUCCUCACUUCGAUCCGGCUACCUUUGAAUAUGAUCUAGCCUUACUGAGGUUCUACGAGCCGGUUACAUUCCAGCCGAACAUUCUUCCUGUGUGUGUCCCUGAUGAUGACGAUUCUUACGUCGGACGAACAGCCUACGUCACGGGCUGGGGACGUCUCUAUGACGAGGGUCCCCUCCCGAGUGUGUUGCAGGAGGUGGAGGUGCCUGUGAUCAAUAACACAGCCUGCGAGAGCAUGUACCUCGCGGCUGGUUACAACGAACACAUACCGAACAUAUUCAUUUGUGCCGGAUGGAAGAAGGGAGGCUCGGACAGCUGUGAAGGCGACAGUGGUGGACCGAUGGUGGUUCAGAGAGCGAAAGACGAUCGCUUCGUACUGAGCGGAGUUAUCUCGUGGGGUAUCGGAUGUGCGGAACCCAACCAGCCCGGGGUCUACACAAGGAUAUCCGAGUUCAGGGAUUGGAUCAACCAGAUACUACGCUUCUAACUUGCUGAACCCUAAUUAAAUGAUCUUGAAGUGUAGUGAAAUUUAUUUUUCGUAUAUUUACGCACGGUUGGACCUGUUCUGUAUUUUUUUUUUUGCUCUGGAUUCUUUUCUGAUAUUUCGGAUUACGGGAACGAAGACAACUAAAAUAAUUAUAUCAAAUCGAAUCUCCGUAAACCUCGAAUAUCUCUGUCUGUCACAUUUACGUUGGACAGCGAAUGUAUUGAGAGUAAAAACAGAAAUUAGAUGCAUAAUAAAAAAAUAUAGACUUUACGAAUAUUUUGUAAGGAAAAUUUAACUAGUAACGUAUACAACGAAUUUAAUUUAGUUAGCUGUUAUUUUGGCGAAUAUUUUUUUAAUUUUUUUUUUUUGUAAUAUAUAUUUAUUUUUUUUAAUUUAAAAAAAAACUAGAUUAAGUUAGGUUAUUGAUAAUGCCGAAUUUUUUUGAUUAUUUUUAUAUAACAUUCCGUCCUUUAAAUAAAUAAAACAAUUUUGUUGUAAAUAAAUGCAUUUAUUAAUAUUUUUUUUAAUAUAAGCCAUAAUUGUAAAACGGUUGAUUUUUUCGACCUCAGUGAGUAUUUAAAUAAACAUCUUUAAAAACAG